AACAAGAAACAAGUUACCGACUUCAUCCUGAUGCAACUCCAAGAUUUUUCAAUCUCCUUGUAAGUCUAAUCAAUGUAGUCGUGCAUUGACAUUGAGAUAGGAGAUCUAAUUAGGUUUUUCUGGAAAAAAAAUAGAAAAAUUAGUUAGAGGAUCUAAUUUUUCUAGGGUUUGUGAUUUGGAUAGAAUAAAUGUUGUUUCGAUUUAGGGGUUUGAUAUUUCUCUAGCAUUCUUUGUAGCAGCGGAUAUUUAUCAAGGACCGUAUGGUUGCUCAUUAAUCCAUUGCGAAACAGGUAUAAAAAUGAAGCUUUGUACGAUGUUGAAUUCGGAUGAUUGCCAAGGAACCCAUAGAAAUUAUUAUUUGUACGGAGGAAUCCAGUGUAGAUGAAAACAUGUAUGAGAGAGUAUUUAGUUACUGGAUUGAAUCAUAGGGACAAAUCCCCGCAGCAGUCUGAUAAACACGGAUGGGAGCACUGGCUUGAUUUCCCAAGUUUAUGGAGUUUUCCCCUAUUUCCUUUAACAGUUCUCCGCAGCGAAGGAUGGCUUUUGUUGUACAUUAUAACGAUAAUGGAUUUUAAGCGAUGGGAACAUUUAUACGAAGGAGGAUCUAAGUCUAAGGGAAGAACAGUUGCUAUGCCACUUCGUCCCAGGAGGACCUUCACUAGUGCUUGCAUAUACAGAGCCUUUUGCUGCACCACAUCCUAAGUUGUAUGUAAAUAGAAGUAUUCAUAAUCUUCUUUGCAGCGGGAAAAACAAAACAAGAAAAGAGUAUAUAGGUUUAGGUAUACACACUGAUGAACAAGCAGUUUAAGAUAUUCAUUGUUUAGUGUUUAAGAGUGUGUUUAAGAUAUUAGUUGAUGUUGAAACAGACUUGUUUUUGUAAUUUAAUUCUUAUAAAAUU